UGUUUCCCCUGCUUUCAGGAUCAGGGCAGUGAGCUGGUACCUAGAAAAGACUUAUCAUGGGCAGGAAGAGACAACAGGAGAGCGGGAGACGUCACGCCAAAAAACGAGCGGGGGGUGGGUGGGUGGGAAGGCGUUGGAGGUAUCUGUGCUGGAGAGGGGCACAGGCCGUGUGUGGAUCCAACCGAGUUAGAACUUCCUUCUCUCCCUCUCCCCUCCCCUUCGUUAUUCUGGCCUGCCUACCGCCUCCCCCCACUCUCCAUCUCCACCUCUCUCUCUCUCUCUCUCUCUCUCUCUCUCUCUCUCUCUCACACACACACACACACACACACACACACACACACACACACACACUUGUAUUUUGUGCUGUCGUAAAACCCACGUGUCCAGCCGGGAGGCUGCCAGAGCGUGGAGCCGAGGAACCGGGACGCGGCGGCAGCCGAGCGCAGCAGCCCACCGCGGCUCCGAUCCGCGCCGGAUCGGCCCGCGCUCCCGGCUGAACUGCUCUAGCGCGUUCCGCGGGCCUCCACGCCCAUCUCUCGCAGCCCGGGAGGGUUCCGGGCGGUCAGAUCACAUCUUGGGCUCUCCCCUCCGCGGCCCAGGGGCAUGUAGCGCACCCGGGACGCACACUCUCCCCCACGCCCACCGAGACACACGCACGCACGCACCCGCCGGCGGCUCGGAGUUUCCAGCUUGAGAGGUCGGACAUGCUGAAGCCCGGAGACCCCGGCGGCUCGGCCUUCCUCAAAGUGGAUCCAGCCUAUUUGCAGCACUGGCAGCAACUCUUCCCGCACGGCGGCAGCGGCGGCCCGCUGAAGGGCGGCGGCGCCGCGGGUCCCCUGGGCGCGCCGCAGCCCCUCCAGCCCCCGCCGCCGCCGCCGCCGCCGCCGCCCCCGGAGCGCGCAGAGCCGCCGCCGGACAGCUUGCGCCCGCGGCCCGCUUCGCUCUCCUCCGCCUCCUCCACUCCGGCUUCCUCCUCCAACUCGGCCUCCUCUGCCUCCUCCUGCGCCGCCGCUGCCGCCGCCGCCGCCGCCGCGCUGGCGGGUCUCUCGGCCCUGCCUGUGGCGCAGCUGCCGGUGUUCGCCCCUCUGGCCGCCGCCGCCGUCGCCGCGGAGCCGCUGCCCCCCAAAGACCUGUGCCUCGGCGCCGCCUCGGGCCCGGGGCCUUCCAAGUGCGGCGGAGGCAGCGGCGUGGACGCCCGGGGCGCCCCGCGCUUCCGCUGCAGCGCGGAGGAGCUGGACUAUUACCUGUACGGCCAGCAGCGCAUGGAGAUCAUCCCGCUCAACCAGCACACCAGCGACCCCAACAACCGUUGCGACAUGUGCGCGGACAACCGCAACGGCGAGUGUCCCAUGCACGGGCCGCUGCACUCGCUGCGCCGGCUCGUGGGCACCAGCAGCGCCGCGGCCGCCGCGCCCCCGCCGGAGCUGCCCGAGUGGCUCCGGGACCUGCCGCGGGAGGUGUGCCUGUGCACCAGCACUGUGCCGGGCCUGGCCUACGGCAUCUGCGCGGCGCAGAGGAUCCAGCAGGGCACCUGGAUCGGGCCCUUCCAGGGCGUCCUCCUGCCCCCGGAGAAGGUGCAGGCCGGCGCUGUGAGGAACACGCAGCAUCUCUGGGAGAUAUAUGACCAAGAUGGAACACUACAGCACUUUAUUGAUGGUGGGGAACCUAGUAAGUCGAGCUGGAUGAGGUAUAUCCGAUGUGCAAGGCACUGCGGAGAACAGAAUCUAACAGUAGUUCAGUACAGGUCGAAUAUAUUCUACCGAGCCUGUAUAGAUAUUCCCAGGGGUACCGAGCUUCUGGUGUGGUACAAUGACAGCUAUACGUCUUUCUUUGGGAUCCCUUUACAAUGCAUUGCCCAGGAUGAAAACUUAAACGUCCCCUCCACGGUCAUGGAGGCCAUGUGCAGACAAGACGCCCUGCAGCCUUUCAGCAAGAGCAGCAAACUGCCCCCGGCCGCCCAGCAGCGUUCUGUGGUUUUCCCACAGACACCGUGCAGCAGGAACUUCUCUCUCCUGGAUAAGUCUGGGCCCAUGGAGUCAGGAUUUAACCAAAUCAACGUGAAAAACCAGCGAGUCCUGGCCAGCCCGACCUCCACGAGCCAGCUCCACUCGGAGUUCAGUGACUGGCACCUUUGGAAGUGCGGGCAGUGCUUUAAGACUUUCACACAGCGGAUCCUCUUGCAGAUGCACGUGUGCACGCAGAACCCCGACAGACCUUACCAGUGUGGUCACUGCUCGCAGUCCUUUUCACAACCAUCAGAGCUGAGGAACCACGUGGUCACUCACUCCAGUGACCGGCCCUUCAAGUGCGGCUACUGCGGUCGUGCCUUCGCCGGGGCCACCACCCUCAACAACCACAUCCGAACCCACACUGGAGAAAAGCCCUUCAAGUGCGAGAGGUGUGAACGGAGCUUCACGCAGGCCACGCAGCUGAGCCGGCACCAGCGGAUGCCCAAUGAGUGCAAGCCAAUAACUGAGAGCCCAGAAUCAAUUGAAGUGGA